CUAUGGUGUUGAGCUCAGUUGGAGAGCUGUACCGGACACAGGAUGAUGUUUCUGUUGUUAUUGAUGUAUUAAGUGUGAUGAAAGUUGUGCAGUAUUUAUAAGAACAAUGUUGGAAGAGGAGUUAAAAGUCCCGGACCAGCUGUUCAAGGACGUGAAGUUUUAUGUGGUCGGGGAUAUUGAUCAAAAGGUGGUUCAGCUGGUCAAAGACGGGAAAGGUAAAGAAGUGUCCUACAAUGCCCUCGCCACGCACAUUAUUGCGGAGGACGGAGACAAUCCGGAGGUCGGGGAGGCGCGGGAGGUCUUUGACUUACCUAUAGUAAAGCCGACUUGGGUGAUUCUGUCCGUUAAAUGUGGAGACCUGCUGCCGGUUGCUGGGUUUUCACCUGAAUCUGAGCAGCUGUUUUUUGGCAUGCGGGCAUGUUUAUCUCACUUGGCGGGGGAUCUUGACGUCCUGUGGGCCUACAUCACCUUUUAUGGUGGCGACUGCCAGCUGAAUUUCAACAAGAAGUGCACCCAUCUGGUGGCUCCGGAGCCCAAAGGGGAAAAAUAUGAAUGCGCUCUGAGACACAGCGGCAUCAAAGUCGUCACUCCUGAAUGGAUUAUUGACUCUGUAAAAGACAAGAGCAGAAAGGAUGAAGAGCUUUACCAUCCAAGACUCACCUACUAUGAAGAAGAAGAAGAGGAGGAGGAAGAGGAGGCCAGCGAGGAGGAAAACGAGCGUAGCUCUCGCUCCGAUGGCAGCGGACGCUCCAGCCCCGUCUCCUCACGAGGGGCAUCGCCCUCCAGGCGGCAGCGCUCACCGUCUCCGAAAGUCGAGGUCAUGUUCGACGACUCGGACGAAUCGGAUAAGGAGGAGCCCAACCUGAACUGGACUUUAGCUAAGUCCCGGAUACCGACCAGCAAGGACACUGCGCUCAUCAACCUGUGCGACAGCGUGCCGCCUGCGCCGGGUAACCCUCAGGGCACGGAGAGUACGGAUGUGAUCGGCGGGUGGAGUUCUACAGCCCGCCCACUGCGGAACAUUACCAACAGCGGAGACCCACAGCAGAUCAGCAGGCCGCAGAAUGUCACUCACAUUCUCCAGAGUCUGACUGGGAAAGGCGUGGAGCAGCAGGGUGGUCAGAGCCAUCCCGGUGGUCCCAAUCAGCUUCUGUUCAACACCGUAAAACCUCCACAGCAACAACAGCUCCCUCCUGAAGCACAGCAGCAGCUACUGCAACAACAGCAGCAGCAGCAGCAGCAAGCACAUCAAAUCCCUCAGCCUCAGCCUCAGCCCCAGCAGCCGCAGGCACACGCGCAACAGAUGCUCCAGCAGCAUCCCAUGAUGCACCUGCAGCCCCAGAGCAUGCAGAUGCAUCAUUCACAGCAGCAACAGCAACAACCAGGUUUCCAUCAGAUGCCUCAACAGCAGCAUCAGUUGCAUCAGCAGCAGAUGCAUCAACAGAUGUAUUCGCAGCAGCAGCAGCAACAUCAGCAGCAGCAGCAGCAGCAACAUGGUUUCCUGCAGCAGCAACUACGACCUCAGCAGCAGCAGCAGCUCUUACGGCCUCCGUUGCAGCUGCAGCAGCAGCACGCUUUGCAGCAACAGUUGCAGCAGCUGCAACAGCAGAGACUUCAGCAACAACUGCAACAACAGCAGCAGCAACAACAACAGCAGCAGCAACAGAAUCAGCAGCAAAUGCACCAUCAACAUUUGCAGCAGCAGCAACAGCAGCAGUUUCUGCAACAGCAACACAUGCACCAGUUACAACAGCAGCAGCAGCAACAACAGCAUCAAAUACAGAACGCUCAGGCUCUACAACAUCAAACACAGACACCAAUGCAACUCAUACAGCCGCAUCAACUCUUCGGCCAUGAACCAGGACAAGAGAUCCCUGAAGAUGGAUUUCUGGUGGGCUGUGUCUUUGGUAUUGCUGAUUAUCCGGAGCAGAUGGCUGAUAAACAGUUAUUGGCGACGUGGAAGCGAAUCAUUCAGGCGUACGGUGGUGCCGUGGAUUCAGCUCUGAAUCGCUGCACUCACUUACUGUGCGAGAGUCAAGUCAGCAGCAUGUAUCUGCAGGCUCUGCGGGAGGGCAAACGCUGUAUUACGGCUCACUGGCUGAACACAGUGCUGAAGAAAAAGAAGAUGGUUCCUCCUCACCGAACACUCCAUCUACCCUUCACUUUUCCCCCAGGAGCCAAACCCUGCUCACAGCAUAUUAUUUCAGUGACUGGAUUUUUGGACAGCGAUCGGGAUGAUUUGAAGCUCAUGGCGUAUUUAGCAGGCGCUCGUUAUACGGGGUACCUGUGUCGCAGCAACACCGUUCUCAUCUGCAAAGAGCCGAGCGGACUGAAGUACGAGAAGGCGAAGGAGUGGCGAAUCCCGUGUGUGAACGCCCAGUGGCUGUGCGACAUCCUGCUGGGUAACCUUGAUGCUUUACGGCAGAUUCAACACAGCAGAUACACUCAGUUCAACCUAUCAGAACCUCUCGCUCCCAACACACACCUCAUUCAGAACCUCCUGGUUGCAUGGAGGAAUCCUGUGAAGGUCUCGCCAGAAGCGCUGGUGAGUCUUCGUCUGCAGCAGAAGCAGAAACAGGUCGAGGGUGUCUCGCAGCCUCCUGCCAAGAAGCCCAAAAUGGAGGAGAUUCCCACCCCCACUAAAAAGCUCCCCCCAGAUGAGACUCCAUUUGUAUUCUUCACUGGUUUCGAGCCUGUACAAACCCAGCAGUACAUAAAGAGAUUGUAUGAACUGGGUGGUGAGGUGGCAGAGAGCGCGCAGAAGUGCACUCAUCUGGUGGCCAACAAAGUGACGCGUACGGUCAAGUUCCUGACGGCCAUAUCUGUCGUUAAGCACAUCGUCACUCCUGAGUGGCUGCAGGAGAGCUGCAAAUGCCAGAAAUUUGUGGAUGAACAGAGCUACAUACUGCGGGAUGCAGAAGCCGAGGUGCUGUUCGCUUUCAGUCUGGAGGAGUCGUUAAAGAGAGCACAUGCAGCGCCACUUUUUAAGGGUAAAUACUUCUACAUAACUCCAGGAAUCUGUCCGAGCCUCAGCACCAUGAGAGCCAUAGUGGAGAGCGCCGGAGGGAAACUACUGUCGAGACAGCCAUCCUUCCGCAAAAUCAUGGAGCACAAGCAGAACAAGAACCUUCCAGAAAUCAUCCUGAUCUCAUGUGAUAAUGAUGUGCAUCUGUGCAGGGAAUACUUUUUAAAGAACAUUGAUGUGCACAAUGCAGAGUUUAUUCUUACAGGAGUGCUGACGCAGACGCUAGAUUACCAAUCGUAUAAAUUCACAUGAUGGUAAGGACGUGGUCUGAAGGAUGCAGGGGAUGAGAACACUACAUUCCUGGCCGACACUGAAGAGAUUUUGAUGUUUUUCUACCUGUUUUAAAAGUUGUGUUAAUGUUUUUGUAGAAAUAACUGGUGAAAAAAAAACUCAUUAAAUUACUGUUAUUUUAUAAUAGCUGUUUAAAUUAUGGCAUGUUUUUACUGUAACAUUAAUGUCUCGCUUUUGCAAUAAAACAUGUAAUUGUG